GCUGUAACGGAAGGGAUGCGCACAAAACAGCGAGUAAAUACCUACUGCUGUUGUGCGCAUCCCCUCUACCGCUGUAACAUGCUGCGUCUCAAAACUGUGAACACUGACUGUGAACUGUGGAAGCGUGUUGAGAAGAUACGUUGAGUCACGGUAAGAUUAAGUAACAUCUAGUGCAAUUAUUUACGUCUAAAAGUACUAAAAAAGACACGAUGUCGGAGGAUUCUAAAUCUACUGAAACUAAUUCUGAAGAUCCCAAAUCGAACACGACUAUAUCCGAUAAUACAUCGGAAGAUCCCAAAUCGAACACGACUAUAUCCGAUAAUACAUCGGAAGAUUCCAAAUCCGUUGAUAUUAAUUCCGAGGAUGAGAAAUCUGGCGAUGAUGAUUGCGAAAACACGAAGAAAAUUGCUGAAAAUGAUACUGUGUCGGAGAAUACGACUUCUGAUACAAGUGAAAUUAUAGCCAAAUUCGUGGAAAAAGAAAAAAUGACAAUAAUAGAGCUGAUUAAGAAUAUGGCAAUAGGAAAAAAUGAAACGGAAGACACUGAUUCCAGUUCGAGUAAAGCUGAAGUCACUGAAGAAGAGAAAAGUAAAAACUUACAGCAGAGUGGAAACUUGGAAGAACAGUAUCCUGCUGCAUUCUUAAAAAAUGGUAUAAUACAAGGAUUUUCAUAUCAAUUAAAGAUAUUGACGUGGACAGCAUGGAGUCUAUUUAAAAACAAUAAUAAGAAUUGGAAAUUAGGUGCGGAAAUGUAUGGCGCUCGUGGAUUUCACGAUUUAGUUGUGAAAUACGAGACAAAGACUGAUACGAAAGAAGAAGAAAACAUUUCCAAAUAUCGUUUUGUGCAAAUCAAGUACACAUCUUCGAAAUAUCCUAUCGAGAAACGUCACUUCUCAUCCACAGAGAAGUUUGAUAAACAAUACAGUCUGAUCUAUUUGUUUAUAGCUUAUCUGGAUAUGCUCCGAUCAUUCAAAAAUGACGAAAUCAUGGAUCUGACAGUUUUCACAAAUAAAAGUAUUAGUGUACUUUCAUUUUUAGUUCCAAUUGAUGAAAAAGAUUCGAUCUUCAACUUUGAAAAAGGUCAGCGGUAUCGUAUUAAUGUAAAGGCAAUCGACCCUAAUUCAAGGAUAAUGACAGGUUUAAAAAAGAUCAAAAAUGAUAACGUGGUUAUAGAGAAUUUUCUGAACAAAUUAGUUUUUGCGGUGAAUCAACCUACUGAGUCUGAGAUGGAUGAACUAAUUACCAAUGAUAUAAAGACGGAAGUUGGUUUUAUGCCAGAGAUAUUUUACACUUAUUUAUUCAAGAAUAUAUUCGACUGGUUUCUCGUGUAUAAUGCGCGCAACAAGACCUCACCAUAUUACACUAGAAACCGUAUCAUGAACUGUUUUACAUCUGUCCAUCUUACACUGAAAAACGUAGUACAAGGUGAAUCUAAGGAUAACAUAUUAAAGUGUUUGUUUUCUUAAAUCUAAAAAAACUUUCCAAACUAUAUCUUUUACUCGUGUCCUUAUUUGAUAAAGCAAGUUUAAUUUUUUAAUAGAUAACUACUGUAGGAACGGUAUUUGUAAGUCAUUUUAAUCUUUACGUUUUUAUACAACGACAUGUAUAUUCAGUAUACAUACAUUACAUUUUAUAAUCAAGUAAAACUAUAGCUGAGACUAUAGUUGAAAUUAAAAAAGAUUAGACACUACAUAUAUUUUAUAUGUAUAUAUAUAUAUAUAUAUAUAGAAAAAAGUGUUGUACGUUUAUUUACCUAAUAAGUAUAUAUUUACUAUUAUUUUGUAACCAUAUGUUUACUUACAAUUUAAUCACCAAAGUUUUGAGUUAUUCAACGUCAAUUAGUACAUAAAAGAUACAGACGUAUUGGUUUAAAAGUUACUUACGCGAGAAGAUUUGAUUGAAAGAAUCUAUUUACUGAGGACACGAUUUUAUUCAUUGGACCUAAGAUGUUGUAAGACAU